CGCAUUUCCCCAUCUGCCCCAGAAUAUCCAUUCAGUUCCUUGGGCGCUCUGUGUGGGUCUGGCACCCCAGGCUACAGAUACAUUGCAUGGCAUCUCCUGGGACAUGCUGAAUGCUUAAGGUUCCUGCCUGGGGUUUCCCCAUAGCGAUGUGGUGGCAGCUCUGUGUGUGCAGCCUGGGGAUCCUCCUCCUGGUGCCAUGUUCUCUCUCUGAGGAAUUCUCUCUGGAUGACUUUCCGCACCCCGUGGUGGGGGUAAUCGGCCAGGAUGUGGUGUUACCCUGCCAGCUCACACCCCCGGCCAGGAUGCCCAGCAUGGAUGUGCAGUGGAGGAAAAUUGGACCAGGAUUUAUCCUGGUUCAUGAGUACAUGGAUAAGGGUACCCGGGACCUGUCAGGGGUGAAUUACCAGAACCGUACAGAGCUGUUCCUGCAGGAAUUCAGCAGCGGGAAUGUCUCCGUGAAGCUGAAACGGCUUCAAGUGAUGGAUGAUGGGAAAUACCGAUGCUUUGUGAGGAACCCACAGUGGAGCCUAGAAGCCACCACUGAACUACGAGUUGCAGCUGUGGCUCCAGUGUUGAUUGACGUGCUGGGCCCCCGGGGCCAGGGGAUCGGGCUGGCCUGUAGAUCCACAGGCUGGUUUCCCAAACCUGAACUCCAGUGGGUUGGAAAGAACUGGCAGAACCUGGCGAUGGAGAUUGUGACCGACGUGACUCAGGACAGGGAGAACCUGUAUAGUGUUGUGAGUCACGUCACUGUCACAGAAGGGGAGGACAAUGGAGACAUCAUCUGCAUAGUGCAGAAUGGCCUGCUGGAGACCGAACGACAAUCGGCCAUUCACCUCUCAGGUGACAUCUUCCCCCGUGUUUCUCCCUGGCCAGCUGCAUUCUGGGUAUUGUUCACUCUGGUUCUCAUUGCUGCUGGAGCUUGUGCAUAUCGUGAAUACACAGCAAAGCAAAAGGCCUCUCAGAAGAAACGAUCUGAAGAGGAGACUCUGUUAAAUAUGAAGAGUGACAAGGAGACCUUGGAAUCAGAGCACCAGGAGCUGCGUGAGAGGCUUGGCAGGGAGGUCGUAGAGCUAGAUUUCAGGAGGGCUCGGAGCUACAUGGUUCCUGUCACCCUGGAUCGGAAUUGCAAACACUUCAGACUCACCUUGUCCACAGAUGGCAGAACAGUCUGGCACAACCCGCCUUCCCAAGAGCCGGCUGCCCCAUCUGAGCCCCUGAUCGCUGUGGGGAUGGAGGGAUUUUUGGCCAGGAAGGAUCAUGAUAAGGAGGCAGGGGCUUGCCGGGUGUACUGGGAGGUGGAGGUGGGAGACAGCCCAGACUGGGUGCUGGGGGUGCUGAAUAGGACUGUGAGGAAGAAAGUGACACUUCAGAAGCUGGAGAGUUUCCCUGACAGGGGGUGCUGGGUUCUAAGGAGAUCUGAGGGGAAGUAUCACCCCAGCAAGGCUGACACUGUGAUCCAGAACUGGGGUGUGAGGCUGACAGUGGUUGGGGUGUAUCUGGAUCUAGAAAGGGGGAGUCUCUCAUUUUAUAGUGUCAGUGCAAUGGCCCUUAUCCUGGAGAUUCCUGUGGAAGGUUCUGAGGAAUUGUUCCCGUUCCUCAGCCCUGGUUACACUACGGGGACAGACCAGGGGAAAUCCCUCAGCAUCUGCCCCCCCAGUGACUGGGAUUUCCCCCAGAAAUUAGGAGCUAGUGGAUCUGUUAUUCAGGGAGAUCCCACAGCCCCUGCACAGCCCUCUGCCCCCAAGAACGGGGAAGGGGUAGAAAAUGACACAGGGCCAUCCGCAACUGCAGAAACAGCCCCAGCCCCUGCACAUUGCCCUGCCCCUGGAAACAAGCAAGUGAAAGAAAACAGCACUGGGGCAUCAGUGAGAGAAAAUUUGUGAAAGGUCCUGCCCACCAACCUGCUCCUGAAGCGGAAGCAGGGGGAUAAACCAGAGCAGGAGCAUCCACAGCUGGAAGCAUCCCCCAAAGAGAAGGGGGAAAAGAAACACCAAAAACCCCAGGUCUGAAAUCCACACCCCCCCCCCCCCCACAGACACACCAAACCCUCCUGUAGGGCAAAGGGAAUCAUGCAAAGAAAAACACUCAGAAUUUGACUUCAGAGGGGAUCUCUGGACCUGACUCUUGUUCCAGGGAUACAAGGCCAGGAAAUACACCAGGGGAAUCAGACCCAAACGCCGUCACCUGAGAAAGAAUCUUGCCCCACAGGGAAAAUGGGGAAAUGGCGACAUGUCAGAAAUUUCCUCUCUCCCUGAACUUCAAAGAGAACCACAGCAAUUCACGAUAAUGCUUUAAACCAACCCCUUGUGAAAUUGGAAUGGGCUAACUGGAGAGAACUAUGUUAACGCGACUGUUAAAUGUAGGAAAUUCAAUACACACCAGUCGGGGGAUGCAGAGGGGAAGGGUCUCACAGUGGCACUGACUCACUCCCAUUGUACACACACACACACACUGCUCCUGCCAGCCUCAGACCGUGCAAGUGGGUGACAGGAUCAGGCCCUCUGUGUAUCAGAUUGGGUUGUGA